GCACUCAUUGUAUUAAUGAACGUAUGUUUUGGACACCAAUUAUUGGUCCCUUUUAUGGCAAACACUUUGCCAUUGAAUUGAAUGCAAAAGUUAUGAACAAAAUAAGUACUGAAUCGACGAAUAGAUGACUAAAACAUAGCAAACAUUGAAUUGAAUUCAAAAAAGUGGAUAAAAAAUGAGUUCAAAAGAGACCACAAAUGAGACACAACUGAUGGCCACCGAAGACGUGUUCAAUGGCACCGAUUUGGACAAAGACCUACUGCUCAGCGAAGAGCGUUUGGACAGAGCGUCGCCCGAUCUCUGGCCCGAACAGAUUCCGGGCGUAACGGAGUUUUUGGCCAACUCUUCGCCGCCAUUGUUCGACACUCGGAACCAAUCGAGCGAAUGGUUGACAGACUUGGAUCCGGACGACAUCAAUAUGUUGCACGGCUUCGGGUCACUGACCGCUUCC